UCAACAAAAGUUUGGUAUUUGUUGUCUUAUGGUUGCGAAUGGAACGGAGCUGCGAUAAACGAAUAGCCAGCAGAGUUCAUAUAAAAGAAUACCGUAAAUAAUCUAGAGAUAUCAAGAGCUUCAGAUGGAUUAUUAUGCGUAGAGGAGCAUAUUCAAAUAAAUUCAGAGCCUUGGAAGCUGAAAAGCUAACUGAAUUAAAAUCAGGGCAUAGAUAUUCACUCCAUACACAAAAAGAGCAAGAGAAGAAUUACAUCAGAGAAACCAAUAGAAGGAGAAGAAAUCUUGCAGAGAGAAAACAGACUGUUGCUGAAAUUGAGGAGAGUAGAAGACAAAAGGUACUUGCUGCUAGAAGAAAAAGACAACUUGAGGCAACUAAUAAGUUUCAAAGGAGCCCAGUUUCAAAAUCCAAGAGAACUGAAGAUGGCCCAGAUAGUCACACUCUGCAAGAUGGUCUCUAUAAUGUGAGAGGUCAUGUUGUUGAGAUUAAAAAUGGAACACGUGUGCCAUCUGCAGAGAUUCAUGCUAAAGGAAUACCCAUGAGAAGCAACAGUGGAACGCAUGAUAGAAAAACCAAUGAUUCACCGGCCAAUUAUGACUAUCGAGCUAAAAACAGUAUAUACUCCGGCAAGGAGUCGUUGUUACGUCAUCUAAGCGGGUUAGCCCACCAGACAGUUGGCCUAAAAGGUGAAGAUGAAAAGGACUCUGUGCCACAAGUAGAGAAUGGCUUGUUAGCCAGCAGGACCCUUACAGUGAAAACACUAACCGUCAAUGGUAUGGCAGCAGACAAACAGGCCUGGCUAGCUCUGCCAUAGAAUCUCACCAAAAUGAUGAUAAAAACGGGAAAGAUAUACCACCAAUUAUAAUGUCACCAUCUGAUGGCAGCUUGUCAAGUACAGACAGCCUUGAAGUCGCUGACGCAAAUCAUUCUCGGAGUGAAACAAGGACGCCUAAAAGUAGCUUAAAAAGACAAAAUGCGCGCGAAUCUUCGAAAAAGACGAAACGAAAAGUUAAGUUCAAUAAUAGCAUUGAAUUCAAUGAUGGCUUUAUUUGGAUGUUGAAAGAUAACGAGCAAAAACCAUUACAGCUUCCUGCUCCAGCUACUGCAAGUACACCAGUUGUCGAAGAGAAAUCGUCUCUGUUUCCUGUAGAGGAGAAGCCAGGUUUUGGUAGUGGACAUCAGUUUGCGGCCGGAACAUCACAGGUCAACCCUUCAACUCGUGGUGAGGAUUAUUCAUAUCCAGAGUCUGUUGACUUGGCUUUACCACGUCAAAGUAACGUCGAUCAAAACGAAAGAAAAUGGACAUCAGAACAAGGGAACACCGAGAGAGGGCCAGAAGAAAAUUCUGCAAAUCAUGUUGGCCGUGCUAAUCUAUAUGACAGUUUGGAGUUAUAUGGCUCGAAGGGGGAUAGCAAUUCAAAUCAUGACAAUGGAAACGAAAACAUACUGAGAGAUAGCUUAGAGGAUGAAGACGACGAGGAGAAAGGCUACUUUUCUUCUGAUAAAGAAAAACAAAACACUAUAAUCGAACGAGUUACAAACGACCAAGCAGAAUCAAACAGAAACCUCCUAAAUGGCGAAAGAAAGGUUGAGUCAAAUCCUAUAGGUUUGGCCCAAGAAAACAGAGUGCAUAUGCGAAAAAAUGAUCAGCAUCAUGGGGAACACGGGGGUAAGGCAGUGAUUUCGUGGCAGCACAAUGAAUUUCAUAGUGGCCACUACGACGGUGGUCGUGUUAAUCCGCAUAAAGCAGAAGCCAAUCUACAAGCUGUAGCUAAAGACUCCAUGCCGAGAAAAGGUUUAAAUCACCUUGUAAAUGAAACCGAAGAUUGGCGUUUGAUGAACAAAGAUCAUGAAGAUCUCCUAUCCAAAUAUCCACAUUCUAAAGGUCAACUGGACAUUCUUGCAGCCCAAGAUGUUGCUCAUUCGAGAUUAGACCACUUCUAUAGUAAGCCUUCGUAUACAUUUGGACAUUCAGCUUAUCCUUUCAAAGAAACUUCUACCAAUAAUGAAAUAAAUAAUAACCCGAGGGAUGCUAGACAACCAAGUCAGAAAACUGCUCUCGAAAAUCCUCAGUCUUCUGGCAGUACCGGGUUUAGUCACACUGCUGGGGCUCAGCCAAUUUAUGUUCCUCCACACCAAGAUCCUGUAGCAAAGCAUCAAAGUCAUUAUAUUAUGAAUGGAGCUUCGACGUACAACGAAACAAAGGUUUCUUCCUAUAAUAGUCCACAUCCUACUGUAUCCUUGCAUAAACAUACGCAUGUAGACGUUUAUCCUCAUGGAUCUAAUUCAACAUCAGCUUACCCUGUGAGCAGUUACACAUCUGCGAGUACAAAUCAUACAGGGACUGCCUUUGCUGCAUCGGCGUAUAAUGUAUCUGAUUACAGAAAGAUGAAUCAGCCGUCGACUGAAAAUACCACCAACGUCUUGAAAGGUGACAGAACUACAACGUACAAUGACAAAACAGCGAUUAAUUUUGAAAUGGCUCUAGGAGCCCAGAGUCAAAAGAACAUGGAUAAAACUGAAGAUGACGAAGAAGAUGAAGUUAUCAACAACGUCAGAAAAAGUUUAGCAGAAUUGCAAUUCAGCAGCAAUUGGAGGCCAGGGCCACAUUCAACAAACAACCAAGAGGAAAAGGUAUCUCCCCCCGAGCGAGGAUUUGAUAAGAGUUUUAGACCUUCGAACAAAGUCAAAGGAUUAGAGCCAGAUGUAGUAGACAAUGGAGACGAGAUUAAGCAGCAAAGUAAAAUCGAAGAUACAUUUACGGGCAAGAGUGGUAUCCCUGUUCGUGUUGCCAGUGCAAAAAAGUCAGAGUCGUCAUGGCAGGGAGUACCUGGAAGAACGCAGCAAAAGGCUGGCAUCGUGCCACACCCACCGUCAAGUACUAAAGGGCUCUUUACAAGAAGGCACUCAAGACAGGAAUCUGCAAAAAGUAGAAACUCGCCAAUGCGGGUCGUCAACCCAAAUAGAGAUGAAAACCAAUUAAGAACACUUGCUACAGGCAAUGCUAAUCCAGUAAAGGAAUCCGAUGGAAAAGCAAGUGGGUCUUCGAAUGGUGAGAGAUCAAGUAAGAGCUCUGUUGUGCAAAGAAGGCAGCCAGUGUACAGAUCAGAAAUACCUAAUGGAAUCACGCAAUUAGAUUCUGAGCAGCGAAAUUGGUCUGAGCAAAGUCCGGACGGCAAGCUCAAUAAGACACCAACGGAUGACGAAAUCAACGAGCUUUGGUAUAAUGUCAGACAUUGCUUAAGUGCAAAGCCACCACAUAAAGCAUCGUCUGACAGCGUAUACGUGGUGCCCACGUGGAAGCAAAACCGCACGUGGUCCGGGUCGCGCAGAGGGAGGACGAAUUCGCAGCAACAAUCGAACCUCCAUACGAUGCCUGCAAACAGGCAUAAUCCUGGCUUGCCAUUGAGACGUUAUGGAUCCCAUGAAAAUCUCUCUAGACGGGAGAAUUCGUUCGACAACUUUAUUGGUCACCCUAAAUCUCGCGUACAAUCCGCACUUUUAUCGCAGAGGUCGAAUAAAGAGAGAAUAAGUACAAAUUUCAAUGCAUUUUCUACAAAGAAACAGACUAGCAACGAGCCUGUGCAAAGUAAACGUGUGCCAAAUGUUUCUACGAUAAAAGCAAAUGACAUGUCAGAGAGUCUGGCCUCGUUCUUGGCAUUGGAAGCCAUGUGUCAGCAAGAAUCGCUGUCUCCACAAAGAACAACUGCCUUGCUAAAAGCCUCUGAGAUUGCUUAUAAGGAAAUUCAGGAUGAAAGGCGAAACCAAGAUCCUGCUCAUUAUUAUGCUUCAUCAAGGCGUCAAGAGCCCACUGCACUUUCAAUUGAAGAGAGGAAGAUAAUGGAAUCGCUAGAACGGCUCAAUAGUCGACUAAGAGAAAAGGAAGCAGAAAGACGAAAGACAGAGGCUGAUACAAGAAGGAACCAGUUGCAAUACACGGAGAACAUUCGGAGAGGAAGAAAGAUGUCAGGGGAAAGCUCAAGGAUAUCAGCGAUGAGUGAAUUUUCAAGAGUUAACGACCCUCAGUAUCGAUAUUAGGUGAAUUUUGUGUACAUAUGUACAUAUUUAUGUAAAAAUUAUGUAUAUUUUCCUCAUUAGUGUUACAACCAACAAAGCCUGGUAUCAAUUUUGUGUUUGCAUAAUGUUAAUACAAAAUAUUAUGAUUAUGAUUGGAAUAAAUUCGAAAUAAUUUAGGUGCAUCUAUGUCUUUAUUGAGAAUUAAUUUUGAGAGCCCGCCAGCACGAAAACGUUUGUAAAUAGGAAAAUCGGUUGGUUCAAAAACCUAGACAAGGAAAUCUAGAAAUUUUCUUUAUAGGUAGACAGAUAUCGAAAAAUGCUAUUUUUUCUCUAGCAUAAGACAAAAUCAGUUUUUAUAUAAAAAACCUGCAGUAAGCCAAAAUACCGUGCUGCAUGCUAGAACAAAGGGAAUUUACUAAACAAGUCUGCACUUUGAUGUCAUAUCACAUGGAUUUGAAUCCUUUAAGACAUUCAUGGGUUUAUUUAGCAGGUACUAUAUUGCAUAAAAGCUCUCGGUUGCAUUAGUGGCUCUUUAAUUAAAGAAAUGUGAAUAUUCGAUUGAUAAUGAGAAUUUGCAAUAGCUGUUAGUUACAAAAUAUUUUUGAAAUAUUGAUUCUCUACUUUUCUCUUAAACAUAGCAAGUCUCCUUCUUAUGAGAUGGUAGGCAGAAAAAAAGCUUUGAUAUUUAAACAAGAUGUUUCUGUUUUUGUCUUUUAUUUUCCUUUAUGCUGCUCGGUGUUCAAACAAAAACAGAGCCAAACAAAUAAUCUUUGCACCUUUUCUACCGUAAAUUUGAUUACCCCUCCCCACCAGAAGAUCAACUGUUCAAGGACACUUGAUAUUUGAUGUAUUUCAGAUUAAUGUAUAUUUGAUGUAUUUCAAUCAGGUUUUCUGCCUUCUUGUUGGUCCAAUACUUGAGCCUAUUAAUAUAACGUUACAGCACUGCGGCCCAUGCAUUUUAGACCGCGAAAGCAACAUUUGCGGAAAGUCACCUUGCAUGUUUUACUGUAACUUUACUUUCCACAACAUUACUGUUCACUUUGAUCGAUUUGUAGUGCUAUAGGCAGUAGCGGCGCCACGGUGGGACUGGGGGGACACGUCCCCCCCAGUUCUCAGCAGAAUCAAUUUUGUAUUUCGUCUAAAUUCGAUGAGAAAAUGUUGGGGGAGGGGUAAUAUUUUGACACCGUACUUUUUGUGAUGUAAUCCUAUGAUUUUCAAACUGCCAAUUUUCAAACAAAAGUUUGUCACAGGCGUUCCCUUCGGAUAAAAUUGGCGUUCCCUGUUGGUAAAAGGGCGUUUUCUGGCGGUUAAAAGGGUGUGGCUUGAAUUUUUUUGGUUUGUCCCCCCAGAGCUUAGUGGCUGGCGCCGCCACUGGCUAUAGGCAUGAUCACCUAACACUUACUGAUAUGGAAUCCAAUAUAGCUUUAUUGAAUUCGUCUACUUAUUUCUGUUCCUCGUGCAAUGCUACAUAUCGCUUACAUCUUCGCCAAUUUUUUCUCUUUUUUCUUGUUAUCAAAGAAGAAUAUCUGUAGAAAAUAUUGAUGCAAUAAAUGUUUUUAUUGUACAGCACGAUGUAUAUAGACUAUUUUCCUUUCAUCCUUAAUAAAGAUGAUAUGAUGAUAUGUUUUCAUUGAAGAACAGCCACAAAUCAUGGAAGAAUAUAACAUUAU